GUUCGGAACCUGAAAUUUUUGAUCAAUAGAAGUGCAAUAUUAAACUUAUCAUAAGUUCCGGUAGACAGAGUUGAUCUGAAGCAAAAGAGCUGACCAGUCUCUAAGAUAAUCAAAAAGUUGUUAACCAUGAAUAAUAGGACAUUAUUCUGAGUCCUAGAGACCUUGACUUCACCUCAAUGCCGGCGCUCGUAUUGACUUUAGUCACAUGGCUACUAAACUAAAGUUCAAACUAGCUGAUAAAUUUCAGCCUUGCUUUAACUCUCAAUAUCCAAUCUUCCACACUAAGUCAGGUAAAAUUUAUUGUGGAAGAGAUGUUGACGACUCACUGUGUAUAAAUGUACUCGAUGAAAAUUCGUUCACUUUGGUCAACAGAAUUCAGGAUGAUGAGGUUAUGACAUCUUUCGUUGUCGAUGAAGCCGGAUCGGAGAUAUUUAUUGCUACUAAGAACUUGCUUUUAAGACGUCUUGAUAGCCUUUCUCUGAGGCCUACAAAAGUAUGGAUGUCUUGUCACCAAAGAAUCGUGCAGAAAAUGGCGCUUAACAAAACUUCAACACGAUUAGCUACCGGUUCAGGAGAUAUGGUUGUUAGAUUAUGGCAUAUUGGUCCAAAGGAAGGCUUCUCAAAAAGCUGUCGACUGCACCAGGGAAUGAUAACAGAUUAACACUAAAAAAUUUCCAACAAUAUACGUCCACAGUAGCGGCUCGGCUGGACUAUCUGAUGGUUCUUGGCUUACUAACGAGAUGAUUCAAGUAAACAUGUAUUUCUAGUUUAAAUAUUUUCAUCUGUUAGCAAAGGACUUUUACAGUUAAUCUGAGAUCCUAUUUGGUCUAAACUAAUCGAACAGUUCUUACAUUCUUUCUCAUCUCAGACUUUUUAGAGUCCAGUAUUCCUAUCAUACGUGGUGGCUAGUGGUAUAUAUAAAUGUUUCAUUUUUUUGCAUCGUAACUAUUUACUAUAUAGGCAUUGGGUAAAGUAGGUUACGGAGUUGUGCGCUGCACCAUUAAAUCGUAUCGUCUGAUGUGUUUUGAUCUUUCGGAUAGCCAGCACUGAAAGUUCGAACUCAAAAGGUCAUCAAAGUGAAAUUCUAAUGUUCUUGGACUUGACAUAGUUAGUAAGUGACAGUACUCUGGAUGAAUUCUUGUACUGAAGUAAGAAUGAAAUAUCUAUUUAUAAACUCGUAUUUUGAAGAACUAUUAUAUUGAUGUACUCAAAAAUGUGUAUUUGAUCAUUUUUAUGCUGGUUGGCUUGAAUUUUUCAAUUUAGCCAAAUAAAAUGACAUCACUUGGUGAUACUAUGUUAUGUGUAAAAUCACUGACAAUUUCAAACGAAUGUUUCUCAUGCCAUAUGGUCACGUUUGCUUACACCAGAAAAGUACAACAUUAAUGACAGAACUCUAAUAAAAAUAAACGAACUUCGGAUAUGAUUGGCUAAACCGUAGUUUACAUCUAUUCAUUCUCUCCACUUGCAAAACCACCAUCCGUUGUUAUGCUUUGCGGUUGUGAAAUCCCACACUGUUUGGUUAGGUGGCCUUUGAUUUGUUUCCUUAAUACACUGAUAAGAUGUUUCUAUUUGUAUAUUGAGAUUCCACUUGGUUAGUUUUCUUUCAAUGUGCCAUGUGAAGUAUAGUAUCCCUCAAAUGCCAUGGUACGGCCGAGGGUGGUGAGUCUGCUUUCCCUCUGGAAAUGCUCUCAAGUGGUCAUGCGUAUACAGCCUGAUUCUAAACCGAUGGUGCACAUGGGCUCCAGAAUCCUGAAGGAACAAAUGACGUAUGAACCUAUUGUUGGGCAGCAGCUACUAUGGGACUGUAUCUUGUGACUUUACUCCACUGCCUUGUGGGUUAGAGCUCUAGUUCAAAGGUUCGGGGAUCGACUUCCUGAGAAAACUAUCUGCUUCUAUCUGAACACCAGGAAUAAUAUCAAUUGUGUAUCUGACAAAUAUUUUCCACAAUAUGAAAGCGUACUUAGUAGUAUGUGGCUGUAUUACAGAAGUCGAGAUAAUAUCCUACACUGGUGAAAAUUUUAAUUUCUUGAUUCCUAUUUUCGGAUCAGUUUCAUCAAAGGAAAUAUCCACGUUUAUUGUUUUAUUUUUGAUCCAUGAAUUCUCUUCUAUUAUUAUGAAGUAUUUUAUUAAACAUUUCCUGGAUUUCGCUCCCAUUACAGACUAUUGAAAUUCCAUCCGACACUACCGUACCUUUUCUCAUCGUCAGUGGGUGAUCACUUUGUAGCUGUGUGGGACACUGAGACUGGAAAACAUGUCUCUUCUCUUGAAGGUCAUCAAAGCAUUGUUACAAGUUUGGACUUCAGUGCUGGAAAGGAUGAAUUAGUUACAUGUGGGCGCGAUAAAGUUCUUAUUGUCUGGUCGUUCGUAGACUUCACAAAACAAAAAGUCAUACCUACCUUUGAGAGCUUAGAAGCUUGUACUUUCCUUCCUGUUGGCGCAUUAACAAAUCACUUGGGUCACACGUUUUCUGAAAGCAAUACUUUAUUGUUGACUGGCGGUCAGUGGGGCUGUUUGCGUUGCUGGGAUGUAGAUACUGGGCGUUGUGUGUUAGAGAUCAAGGGUCCCUUAGAUCGGACUCCUCAGUCUGAUUCUAGUAGUUCCACUGCGUUAGAUCGCCACUCAAUUGACUAUGGACUUCAUUCCAUCAGUCAUUUGAAUGUAUACAAUAUAAAAGACAGUAAUGAUAAUGUGUUGGAUGAAAGUGAAAACUCAUCCUUACGAUUAAUUCUUGUGCGUCAAAGUAAUCAUGUUGAAUUUUAUAACCCAAUGCUCGGCAAAUUAACGGCUGAGUUCUUAGGUGACAUUGGACAAGUUGAUCAAUUAUGCAUUGUAGGCAAAAAUCACAAUUAUCUUAUUCUAGCUGAUGCGUCACCUCACAUGAAAAUUUUCCUAAAUCCAUAUGGACUCAGUUUAAAGGGAAAAAAUACAACUGAAGAUAAUCUUAAUAAUAAAACAAAUGGUUCAUGGAAAUGUCACCUUAUUCCAGGUGGUCAUACUGAUGUGAUUAUGGAUUUGACUGUAUCCAUAUGUGGUCAAUGGAUUGCAAGUGGUUCUAAAGACCAAUCUAUUUGUUUAUGGCAUCUAAUAGAAUCAGAAGAUUCAAUAUCGUCAUCACUACAUAAAUCUAAGAAUGUUCCUGUCAAAUUGGAUCUUAUUACUCAAAUUCAUAAGGCACAUGCUGCUCAUAUCAGUUCUGUUUGCUUUGAUAGAUUGACAACACAUCUUAUAUCUAGUUCAGAAGACGGUAUUUUAAAAGUUUGGAAUGUUCAGUGUAAUAACUUAGAUAAACCAGAUUCUGUGUUAUCAGAAUUAAACACAAUUCAUGGAGCCCAUGGCGGAGUAAUCAAUUCAAUUGAUGUUUCCGUUGAUAAUCGUCUUGUUGCUACUGCAUCACGUGAUAAAACUGUCAAGAUAUGGGAAUUUAAAAAACAAAGUUUACAUUGUCAAGGGGUUCUUCAGGGUCACCGUAGAGGUGUUUGGUCUGUUUGCUUUUCAAGAUUUGAGAAAAUUGCACUUACUGCUUCGGGUGAUGGAGAUGUGAGAUUGUGGAAUUUGAAAGAUUUUUCGUGUAUCCGUACAUUGGAAGGCCAUGAUCAACCAGUGUAUAAGGCAGUUUUUCUUUCUCACGAUAAACAAAUAUUAUCAUGCGAUCAGAAAGGAUUAAUAAGAUUGUGGAAUAUAUCUAAACCACCCAAGAAUAAUCAAGAAAAAUCAGAAAAUUUUGAUAAACCAUCCUCUGAAGAAACGUCAUCUUUAGUUUAUGAAGCACACGAUGGAAGAAUAUGGUCAUUAGCUAUUUGCCCAGAUGAAUCUGGUUUUUUCACUGGUGGUGAAGAUGAAACAUUGUGUUAUUUUGAAGAUAUUACAGAAAUAUUGCUGAAUGAAACAUCACAACAGCAAGAGGAAUAUAUUCAAACACAACAAGAAUUGGAUAAUCUUGUACACAAACAAAUGUAUGCCGAUGCUGUUCAUUUGGCUGUCAAAUUAGACCAACCCAAGCGAACAUUAGACAUACUACAGGAACUUUUGACUCAAGAUAAUUUCAAACAGACUUGCAAAGAUAAUCAAAGUAUCAAAUAUCCAACACAAGCUGCGAACUUAUUGUCAGUACUUGAUGAUUUUGCAAAUAAAAGUCACAGUGAGAGUCUUAAUGAUUCACUUAAUCUAAGUCAACGACUUUUAUCUUAUGCUAUCAACUGGAAUACAAGGACUAGAACAUCAAUGAUAAGUCAGUUUGUAUUGAAUUGGAUUCUAACCCGUUGGAAACCAGAAGAAUUACUUGAAUGGCCAAAUUUUAGUCAAGCGAUACAAUAUCUCCUUCCGUAUACAACUCGUCAUUAUCAACGUAUAUGUAGAUUGGAAGAACAACUGGCAAUUUUAAACUAUAUUUCUGAGGUGACUGAUGAACAUUUAAUUUCUACUGACGCUUUUGAUGAACCAAUGGAGUUAGACAAUGAUCAAAAUAAUGUAUCAUUUAAUUCAACUCAAAAUGUCAAUACUUCACUUUCUUAGACAAGGUGAUUAAAUUCUCUUCUUAUUCAUUAUGUAUACUAUAACAUCAAACAACUUCACCUACUGACCUUUUUAUACGGUUAUUUUCAGUUUACUAAUAGUAUCAUGAUAUAAAUACAAUGUACAGUUGUUUUGUCUUUGUGAAGGAUUUAUUCGCAACUACCAGACCACAUCUCUGCUCUCCAUUAAAUUUUAGAGUAAGGAAAUCAAUUAUAUUUUCCCAGCAAGAUUGUGGAUGUGCAUUGUUGAGAAGCUACAUACUAGCCCAAAACACCUGGCCAGUCCUUUCUGGUUUUCAGCGGUUGUCUUAUUUAGAUCAUUCGUUGACAUGGAUUAUAAGAUAUAUUUUCCUAGUAUAAUCUUACUUUAUAGAUAUAUUAAUUAUUGAAAUCCUAUUGCACUCAAUAUAAUUUAAGAUCCGUGUUAGUGUCACUAGUUUGUAAACAAGUGAUGUACCAACUAAUAAGUCUGUAAAUUUUAAGGACUUAUAUUUUGUAAGUACAAGUAUUCAGUAAAUUAAUCGUUCGAAUUGUCUAUUGUCAUCUGUGCACACCUGUGUUGGUCAACGAUUAGGAUCAUGGAUUAGUGAUUCAGGUAGGUUGUAUAUCGUAUAAAGUGACCAAUUUGUGAGGCGUAACCAUUUUUUAAUCGGUGUGAGUAUUCGAAUUUCGAAUUACAGUAACAUUGGGUAUAAGCUAAUGAUAAUUGUACUCGUUUGGGUUGUGUUAAUGAAUAUUUCUUUUUUUAGUAAUUCGUUUAGUUCAAAAAUUAUUAUUAUCAUUCAUGAAUUGAUUACUGAGUGAUAACUCCUAGUCAUUUGUAUGAAUCUAUCAGUCACAGAGUGUAUUGCGUGUAUUUCAUAGUUCACUGUUUUGGUUUGUGUUGUACACCUAUUCUUUUAAAGGGGUAUUAAGAAAAGUAUAAGACAAAUGCUUAACUGUCAAAGGUAUAAUAGAAAUAUACUUAUAUACGUGACUUUUAUCUAUCCAUCCGUUCGAUAUCUACUUUCUUACUUUAGAUGACUAAUAUCUGAUUGAUCUUAAUAAAGUAGUCUACACGUACCAGCUCAGCUCAUUUAAUAGAAUCAUAAGCUUCUUGGACUAAAGUUUUCUUGUUUGGUCGUCUUUGACUUUUUCCAGGCCAAUUCAUAGUAAGCUAUGUUUAGACAAGUAAUAUACCUCGGUCACCCACAUGGUGAGACUAUAAUUUAUGGAUAACAUUUAAGCGAUGUUAAAGUGACCUUGAGAAUGUCCAUCUACAUAGUAGGACCAAAUGAUUGUUAUAAACCAUGGUGAAUAACUAGAAUUAGGGUUUACUGUUGAUGGUUAGGGUUAAGAAUUAGAUUUCGGCUUUUCAUCAUUAACUGUCAUCAGCUAUAAAUGUCAAAAUGAUAUUUUGUUGAAAUUAUGGAUAAAUUCCAUGCCAAAAUCCAAGACUCGUUAUCUUAUAUCUGAUUGGUUCGUCAAUCAAUUAUAGUAUUGCCAAGGUAUGAUUAAAUAGUUGAAAUUUACGCAUAUUUAUUUAUAUAAUUCUAUCUUAUUGAUAUUGGUUUUAAAAUUUCUUCAUUCAGAUCAACGAUUAAUGAUGUAAACGUUUAAUCAACACAACACAAAUCAUUGUAUAUAAAUAAAAUCUUUAUGAGAGUGUACAAUCUCUUUCUCUUUUUUUUCUAUCGUUGAAACAAUGUCCAGAUUGCGUAUAUGUAUAUCCAUUAUUCAGUCAUAUGAUAAAUCUGUAGUAAAAUCCAAUGGAAAAAAUGAAGUAUAUACAUAUUUUAUGAAGUAAUUGUUCAUGUAUUUUUGUUAUUUUAUAUUUUAUUCUUUGGUUUUUCUUUUGUAAAAUGAUAAUGAUGAUGAUGAUGAUGAUGAUGAUUGAUGAACAAGAACAUGAAUGGGAACAAUCGAAUGUAUUUGAGCACAAAAUUACAGAGCAUCUCAAUACAAUCUGAUAAGCAUAUAGUAAAUAGUUAAUUAGCAGAAUAUCAAUUCAUCGUCCUAAAUUUGACUGUUCCUUUUGCAAAUAUCAAUCCCGUGUCUCAAAUUCAUACCAAUUGAGUCCCGUUUCCGUUCUUUGUUUUUUCGAUCUUCUACUGAAAUACAUUCUAUGCCUGACCACCGUUACAUACUACUUAUGUGAAUAUAAGUAAACCCAAACCACAGUACUAGCAAUAUUCAAAAGAAGUAGUUUUUAAUUUUGCUGGCUUAUAAUCUGAACGUUUUAACUACUACAUUCUACAGCCUUCCAAACAGGUAGGAAAUUUAAAAGAAGCUAUUUUUUGUUCAAUGAAUGUAAUUAAAUUGAACUGAUUUCGUCCCAAUAGAUCCUCAUCAGCUGUUCAUAGUAUAUAACGUUUUAAAAUCAAAUUAAGAAAUGGAAGUUCAUUUACUUCAAUUCAUAGAAAUUAUGUUAGUCACUAAUUAAUGUAAACAAGUUAUAAUUUAAAGUGAAAUGCUACAUGUAAAAUAACAUGUUCUUUGAAGAAGUGAUACUGUGAAAUUAUUUUCAGUAAUUUCCUUGAAUAUAGAAAUCAUUCCAAAACCUCUUGACUAAAUAAAUUUCAUCACUAUUAGCCAGUAAAUGGUGUCACGAUUAAAAUUAUUCGUAUAUUUGUUAUAUCUGAGGAAUAUCGAUGUACAUCACUUUGUAAGUUCACUGAUCUGAUUCCCGUUCAUAAUAUAAUUUGGCCCCGCAUAUUCUGUUUAGUAUCGUUUUUGAACCUUGACCAAUGAUACGGUCUGAUUAAAAUCUCGAGUUAACGCAAACUUCACUCUUAUUGAUUUUAAAACUCUCACGCUUUUUCCUGUCCCAUAGCUUUGAGUUUGAAAAGUGAAUACUGCAACUAAGCUUCUAUUAUUAUUUAUUUAAAGCAUAAAUAAGUUUACAUGUAGACAUACCGAAUCACAUCAUACCAUAAAACAAGUUAUACAUACACUGAUAAGUCUCGCAAAUUGAACACUAUAUUCGUUUCCUAAGCUAUUCUGUAACCGCCAAGCUAGAACUAUACAGCGACCUGAAUAACGAGAGAGAAGAUGCAAAGUAUGCGAGAAGUACUUCACACCAAGGUCCAUUUUAACACAGAAAAUAUAGCGUUUUUAUAAUAUUUUUAAAUGUCCCUGGGUUACUCGAAGAUUCUGGAAUACUACUAAACUUAGUAGCAGUAUAGCAAUCAGC